UCAUCCGCCUGGAAAGGGGGGGAAGUUUGAUCCUCUUUCUCACGGAUCGCAGUCAACGGGAGUUUUUUUCUCCCAACUCUUUACGCAUAGGAUUUUUCCCCGCUUUUGGCUUGGUGGUUUUUUUUAUUUUAGGAUUUUUUUGCGCAAAACGUGGCAAAUCUCGGCGCCGUGUCUGCAGCGUGCGCGCCCCGCUAAACUGGAUUUUAAUUUUCUUUUCUGUUUUCUCCCCGUCUCCUAAGUUUACUUCAAGCUCAUGACUAUGCUUCUUGAUAGCGGUCCGCAGUUUGCAUCGUUAGGAGUGGGGGGUUUCGGGGCACCGCGGCACCACGAUUUAGGGAACAGAGACCCGAGCCUGGGACUGAAUCCCUUGGCCGAUUCCUCCCACUCCGCAGCUUUCAAAAUCAGCCCCGUGGCUCACGAUAUUGCCUCCAGCCAGACUUCAGCUUUCACCCCGCAAGCCACUGGAUACGCAGCUGCCCUGGGACACUCUCACGGCGGGCAGGUUGGCUCGUACGGCGGGGGAGCGUUCAAUUCAACGCGGGACUUUCUCUUUCGGAACCGGAGCGUGGGAGAGCCCACGGCUCCCAGCGCCCAGCAUGGGAUCUUUGCAGCUUCGGCUGGGAGCCUCCACGGGCCGCCCGGGAUCACCGAUAACCCCGGACAUCUGUUGUUUCCAGGACUUCACGACCAGGGGAUGAGCCACGCUUCACCGAGCGGACAUGUGGUUAACAGCCAAAUGCAUCUUGGCUUACGCGGGGACAUUUUCGGAAGACCUGAUCCGUACCGUCCGGUCGCGAGCCCUCGGACGGACCCCUACGGAGCUCAGCUGCACAACUACAGCCACCCCAUCAACAUGAACAUGGGGAUGAAUGUGCCCACACACCACGGUCCGGGGGCCUUCUUUAGAUACAUGAGGCAACCCAUCAAACAAGAACUAUCCUGCAAAUGGAUAGACGAGACCCAGAUGAACAGACCCAAAAAGACUUGCGACAGGACUUUCAGCACCAUGCACGAGAUGGUCACUCAUGUCUCCAUGGAGCAUGUCGGCGGCCCCGAGCAGAGCAACCACGUCUGUUACUGGGAGGACUGUCCGAGAGAAGGGAAAUCUUUUAAGGCCAAGUACAAACUUGUCAACCACAUCCGAGUGCACACGGGCGAGAAACCGUUCCCAUGCCCGUUCCCCGGAUGUGGCAAAAUAUUCGCCAGAUCGGAGAAUUUGAAAAUCCACAAAAGAACACAUACAGGUGAGAAGCCUUUUAAGUGUGAAUUUGAUGGCUGUGACAGACGCUUCGCCAACAGCAGCGACAGGAAAAAGCACAUGCACGUGCACACGUCAGACAAGCCAUACAUCUGCAAAGUGUGCGACAAGUCCUACACACACCCCAGCUCUCUCAGGAAACACAUGAAGGUACACGAGUCUCAAGGGUCUGAAUCGUCUCCAGCAGCAAGCUCCGGAUACGAGUCGUCCACACCGCCUGUGCUGGUCUCAGCCAGCACCGAAGACCCGACAAAAACACCGCCGUUAGCCGUUCAAAACACGUCUGGCCACAGCGAAGGACUGGCACCCAACUUUAACGAAUGGUACGUUUGAAGUCAGCAGAAGAGCAAAAAACAAAAAAACGCCCCCCACCCCCCCUUCUCUCUCUCUCAAUGUGGACCAAGAGGUUGAGGAUAAAACCCCCUUAAAAACUAUUCCUCUUCACUUCACACACUCAGAGACAUCAACCCACACACACACUCUUGUCACACACACAUGGGAUUGGAACAACAACAGGAGAUGAGAGCAAAAGCCAGCAGCACGCAGGCCACGUCCGUUCUCAGGAUCACGAAAUUUGACUUUUAUUGCGCAGUUUUGAGGAUAAAAAAAAAAUCAAAUAAACCACGAAUAAAUAAACGUAAUACUUUCUCAGUAUAAAUAAAUGUUUUUUAUCUUUUAGUUUACAGAAAAAAAAUUGUUUUAUUUUUCAUUUUAUGUAUUUUCUCAAAUUUUUAUUUAAAAAAAAAGAAUAAAAAAGGAAGAUUAUUUCACGCUGUUUUAUAUGACGGUGACGCGCUAUUGUCGCCUCUUCAAUUGAUUGUUGGAACUUCAAACAGUCUUAAGAAACGUGCCAAAGUCUUUGUCAUGAACUUGAACACAGAAAAAAAAAUCCUAAAUAAAUAUUAUACUCGUGAAUGUAUUUCCUUGUUUGAUGGGGUCGAAUCUAUUGUCAACGUCCGUUUUCAGGUGGAGAAAUGUGGUAUUAGGUUACGAUUGUUACCGUUGAAUAUAACGUUGCCUUUUGUUAAUACCGUUGUAAAUACAUAUCCAUGAUGCCAUAUUUAUCAAUUUGUAAUUUAAUUAUGGGUAUAAGUUCUGAAACUUAAAUGAUAUUUAUGGAAAUGUUUUCUAACAAGAAACUGUACAGUUUUGGUCAUAACCAGCUUAACAUGGAACAAAUGAUAAACUCUAAAGCUCCAACAUCGCGAUUGUAUCCUUCUGUUUUUUUUUCUUUUAACCAAUAGGCCUACAUGUGUCUUAUUUGGAUCGAAGAAAUCAUCUAUAUGAAUAUUAUGGAUUUGUCUAUAUAUAAUGCAGAUAUUUCCGUCACUUUUAUUUUCUUUAUGAGACCAUUGACAUGUAAAUCAUUGUAGAACUGAGUUCAGUUGAGCUGAGAAGCUAUAAAACGGUUCUGUUGAUAUCUUUAUUUUUGGUUUUUGUGUAUUUUACUUUGAUAGGGUCAGACAUAGAUGUCAAUUCGUAGCAUAAACUCAUUAUUGGGAUGGGGGGGGGUUAAAAAAAAAAAGGAACCCAACAGCCUUUUGCACUCUUACGCAGGUCUUAGUGCGAAGUUUCCAAAAUCAAGGUGACAGCAUUUUUUCUUUCCAAUCCGGGUCCAGAACCCAAACACUACUCUUUCUAGUUCCAGCAAUGUCUUUGUGCAAAGUAUGUUUAAAUGUGUGCAUCGGCAACAAAUGGAACUGUCUCAACACAGUAUCUUCAAAAAUAAAAAAAGUUUUUUUGUC